AUGGCUCAGGCGCGCAUGUUGACACCCUCAACGGGUGAAAAUCUGCAUCCACAACGACGCGUCCUAAUACGCGCCGGGGCUCAACAACCACCACCACCACCACCAAUCACUAACCAACAACGACCAAUCAAGACUUAUACGAAAAUGGAAGACCUUGCUAAGGCAGCGGAGCUGCUCGCUCAGUAUAUAUACUUGAACCCUCGCGAAGGCCAGGAUAAUCCAAUGAUUAGAGGAUUUAUCAACGACGUACAAGACUUCACUACCGCUCACAAAUCUGGUCCGGAAAUCCUUACGGAUCUCAAGCGGCUGCUUGUAGAUGUCCAAAAGGACACCGCGGUGCUCCGGACACGAUCCAAUCAAGCAUCUCAAUCAAGCGCUACAACUGGAUUGUUAUCUGCCAGUCUUCGGAGCACAGCCGCACCCUCAUCUCGAAGCGCCGGCUUCUCCACACCAGGUGUUAGCCAUACAGAGCUAAGUAUAGACUGUGAGAUUGUCAUUAAGAUCCGCGAUGAAGCUAUCCAUAAGGAGAUACGUGAACUGCAUCCUGUGGAGAUCGUGAAGCGAGCUGAACGAGCCAGGGCCCACGCAGCGAAGGGCACUCCAAGCCUGCCUCUAGCCGGUCAUGUAUUCAUUGCUGCUCGACCACUCCUAUUGGGGGAUGUUAGCCUACAGGCAUUAAACGCAGCGGCAGCGGAGGUCCUCCGCAGGCAUGCAAAGAAUUAA